AUGGUUGGGCCUCCACCGAGUCCUCUUCGCAUAAUCGAGGUUCCGGCAAUGUCUGCAAGAGGGGAGAGUUUCACACAGACUGUUGCCAUUGAUGAACAAAAAUCGAGUAACGAGAGUCUGAGCACUCCUGAAGGCUCAGAUGAUGCCUCCUAUCAGGACAAGAUAAAAAAAAAUCUCAAAAAUACCUCAUUGGUUGUUCUACACCACAUGAAACACCACGUUGGACCUGGCAUUCUAGCUUCUAUAGCAUAUUUUGACCCUGGAAACUGGGCUGUAGACCUCCAGGCUGGAUCCCAGUUCGGGUAUAAACUCUUAUUUGUAAUUCUACUCGCUGGCCUUGGAGCCGUGCUACUCCAGACCAUGGCUGCACGAUUAGGAUGUGUCACUGGUAGAGACCUGGCGGAACAUUGUCGAAUUCUCCUGUACAACCGACCAAAGCAUAAGCUUCUAUACCGCCGUCUACUCUUGUACCCCAUAGGUAAACUCACCCUCCUCGGCAGUGCUAUAGGUCUGACCCUCUUGGUGCCGUCUCUACCACUCUGGGCAAGCGUUGUUAUCACUUCGUUUGACGUCAUAUUCGUCCUGGCUAUUGCGCCCUCGUCAAACGGCCGGCCUGUACGACUGUUUGAGGCAAAUCAUUUUGAUGGUUCUCGUCUUCGUUGUCUUCGGAAUCUUUAUGUGCUUUUGAUCAAGAUCAAACCGAACGCAGGGGAUGUGAUUGUUGGGUAUCUCCCCUCCAAGACCCUCUUUCAGUCUGGAGCCCUCUACACAUCGAUAGGUAUCCUGGGUGCCACAGUUGUCAAUGCCACACGCUAUUUUCCUGGCUCGAGCCUCGCCACUCUAGACCGUGUAUCUUCGGCACCACCACCGCUGGCUAACCUUCCCGCUCCAAAUGCAAACGACCAGCCCGUCACUUUCUGGCAGAAGAUCACCAAGUUUAGGAAAUCGAUGAUAUACGUGGAACGUAAACCCCCGAAAGCGAGACUGCGUCGGUGUCGUCUCAUUCAAAAGAUGAUGAACUGGCAUCUCCGACAGGAAAAAACCAUCCAUCGUGUCGAGAAAGUACUUGAACAACUCGACCGAAUUUAUUGGCGCGCAUUUGGGGCAUGCAAUAUUGAUAUUGUGAUGAGUUUACUUGGGUUUGCUGUCGUAAUCAACUCGGCUAUUCUUAUCCUUGCCGCUGCUGCGUUCUUCUAUUCAGGGAGGAGCGUCGGUGACGCUGGUCUGUUUGAUGCGUAUGACCUUAUCCAACAGAUCAUUGGCAAACCUGCUGCGAUAAUGUUUGCCGUAGCUCUCCUUUGUUCAGGCCAAAGCGCAUCUAUCACUGCCACCCUUGCAGGGCAAAUCGUCAGUGAGGGGUUCAUCGAGUGGCGAAUCUCCCCUCUUCUGAGACGUGUCAUCACCCGGUUGAUUGGCUUGGUGCCUUCAACGGUGGUAGCCGUAACCGUGGGCCGACAGGGCAUAGACGUCUUGCUCGUCGCGUCUCAGGUGGCUCUCAGCAUCGUAUUGCCUUUUGUGAUCUUCCCGCUGGUCUAUCUAACCAGCCAGGAAUCGAUCAUGCAAGUCGCUAAACCAGAGGGUGGGACAACCAGUUACAAGAGCAGUAUCGUGAGCACGGUGAUAGGGUACCUGAUUUUUGCUGUGGUCAUAGUUGCCAACGCUAUGGUUACCACUGGGGCUCUGUGUGGUCAGGCUGCUUGGUCGCCUCGUCCAGGUGGAGCAUUCAAUGCUCGAAAGCGAUACGCGCUACAACUCGUGAACCAGGUCAAGUCAAUCGGUCGUAGACAAGAACCAAAGCGCAAACGCGCUGUCACUUAUUCCUCGAGCGAUACCGAGGACGAACCAUCUGUGUCCUUCCAUUCUCCAAAGCGUGUUUGUCAUAAAGAUAUUCACUCGAAGCUUGACAACGACGAGACCCCAUUGAGGGCGAAUCUUUGGGAGGAAGGCACUUCUAUGAGACCUCGUAGCUUAGCAGACGAGCUGUUCUUCCAUAUGAGCCACGAGGAGAGACACAAUGUGGAGCGGGCUCGCUCUUCUGAGGAGCCAAUCCAGGAAAUGGACCUGAACGUCAGCCCGACCUCUCCCGACGACGAUCUGUUUGAUAAUUCGUCUGCCUCCUCGUAUGAAGACAGGUCGGACGAAUACCAGUUUAUGCUUUACGAAAAGCCAGACAUGAAACGCUUUGUUGAGGAACUGCCAAGUCUACUGAAGCGCCGAUACCGAAACUCGGUGCUUGUCCAACGUACACACUGGAUCGAUGAUGAGCCUCUGCGUGUCAAGUUUCUCAAUCGUCAAUUCAAGCACCGCCUAAGAACAGGCGACUUUACAGACUCUCAACUCCGAGAGGUCCUUGAACAAAGGCCUAUAUACGGGACCUUUGGCGACAUGGGAAUUCCUACACCUCAAGUUGUCCCCAUUUCUGAAGACUUGGAACCUGAAGAUUUGGACUUGGCGGAUGCCGAGCUUCAUGUUCCGGAGCGACCUUCGACGCCUAUGCCUGACUCUGACUCUAGCUCUGACUCCGACUCUGAUGACUCGGAUACCGAGGUUGUUUAUGGGGCUGGCCAGGUAUGCGCACAGCUCACUCGUCGCGAGAUGGAAGCAAUGGGAAUAUACGACGAGGAAGAGUACGAAUACGAGUCAGAGGAUGAGCAAUGA